CACCUAUACUUUUCUGUACUUUCCUUCGCCCUCCCACAAUUUUUUAUCUGCACGUCCACGACUGCUAGAGAGCUGCAUCCGCCUUGAGAUCCGCAUUGAGCGGUAUACAUUACCAGGUGCAAGGGAUAUUGGACGCACAUGUUGGCCAGGUCGUAAGCGAUGGCAUCUCCCCCGCACGAGAACGACGAAGAGCGUCCACAGUCGAUAGCUGCUCUCAGAAGCAAGUUUGAGAGCCUCGCAGUCGCUGGUGUGAACUCUGCUCCCACCGACGUACCCUCAGCCAGCAACGGUCAUGCAACUGUCAGCUCUACCCGGAACGGCCUCCUCACUCCCAGGCCAGAAACCCCUGUCGAUGGCCAAAAUGCCAAGCCGGUACCACCACCAAAACCGGCUUCACGUCCCGUAAGCCCUGCGUCUGCAUCGCCAGUCCCGAAGCCUGCGUCUCUGCUUCCGCGUCCUGCACCUCGUCAAGCUCCUAGCAGGCCUACCACUCCCAAACCAUCUUUUCAGACCCAUCACUCAACAUCCUCAGUCACUUCUGUCGUGAGCGCAACAUCGGAUUCCCAUCUCAACCCGUCAGAUACAAUUGCAUCCUCCCCUGCCAUAAUAUCACCUGCUUUACUCCCUGCACCAGCACCGCUUCGCAAGUCUGCCCCUUCUGUCCCCAGCAAACCGCCAUCUGUCGCUGUCACUCCCUCAGGUUCAGAUGGUGAUGAAAAGGAGCCUGUGAUCACGUCUGUAAAGGCUCUUCGUGCAAAGUUCAGCGGUCAAGCUCAGGCUGGCGAAACUGCACUUCGAAAGCCUGGCGAUGUUCCCAAGACAGCAGCGGUGCCGGUCGUCAAGGCUGCACCGGUACAUGAUUCUCCUGAGCCGUUGCGUGCCCCUUCACCUGCACCUAUUCCUGCUCCAGUCAUACAAAGAACGUUAGACGGCAAGACGUCGCCCGUGAUAUUGUCGCCAGCGUCAGAGGGCGAAGCACCUUCAGAUACCAAUGAUUACCCUUCACACCCUAGCCCACCACCUCCUCCUCCCGCACCUAUCUCACGUACGUCCUCACCUGUCCCAGUUCCAGCCUCUUCUGGUCCUCCUCCCAUAAACAGAGCACACAAACCUCCACGAACUGCAGCCAGCCCCGCACCCAUCUCCCGUCCCGAAUCGAAUGCCCCCACACCCAACAGUACACCUCCCCCUAUACCAGGCAACAAACCUGUCGUCCCAUCUCGCAGCUCUAGUGCUCCAGAACCUGCAGUCCCCCCUCCACCGCCAGAGCGCCUUCAACCGCCUCAGCUCCCUGUGCGUCGACCGACCUUUUCUUCGCCAGAUACGCUUGAGCCUAGCACCGCGUCUGUCGUCUCCCCACCUGCACUCGCUAGUACUCCAUUGCUACAUACAAUCCAUGACAAUAAUACUUCUGCUCGUGCUCCUGCGCCUGCCCCCCCACCAUUGCCCGAUCGGUCGAGGGCUAAUACGAUCAAUCGAUCCGAAAGUGAACCGAGCACAACCACCGCAGGCCCACCUCCUCCUCGUCUACCGGCUCGACACGCAGCUAUUCCUGUAUCUGCUAGUGGUGGACCUACGUCCUUCAACGCCAAUGGAAGUGAAAGUACCACCAUGAACCCACCCCCUCCCCCGGCUCAUCCCGCAUCCCCAUCCAAAGCCCGUACCAACUCGGGCGGUCCACCCCCACCUCUUCUUCGGAGUGCUACCAUUAACCGAGGCAGCAGCGUCGGUAGCGGCAAUGGGAGUGGCGGCGGUGGUGGUGGUUCCCCUCCUCGUCGAUCCAACACCAUUUCUCGCGCGGCGCCUUAUACACAAGAGAAGUACUCUGCAUCUGCUACAAGUCUUAGUCUAGGCGAAAAAGAAGUAUAUUCAGACGAAGAUGACGAGCCUGAAGAGCCUGGAGCGGUUACAAACCUGUCCGCCCAAGCGAAAAGGAUGUUGGACGAGUUCCCAGACAUGACAGAAGCUAACCGUCGUCCCCCGGCGUUCGUCCCCGAUAUUCGUAUUAAGGACUGCCACCAUGUUUCGGCUUUUGCUGUUUAUGGCCGAUAUGUAUGCAUGGGCGCACACCAUGUACGAGUCUACGACACCCAGCUGUCGGAUCAUGCGAUUAGUGUGGUAGACUUGAAAGAGACGGGGUUGGAAAGCAGGGGGAAGGACCCGAAAGUGACGGCAAUGUGUUUCCGUCCGGGCGCGACGGAGAGUGAAGAAGGGAGGUACCUCUGGUGCGGUACGAAAGACGGGCAUCUGUGGGAACUUGAUAUUUCCACGGGGGAAGUAACCAGCACCAAGGCGUUUGUACAUACGUCUUCCAUCAGCUAUAUCUGGCGGCACCGGAAGAACAUUAUUUCCUUGGAUGAAGGCGGGAAAUUACUCGUGUUUGAUGUAGGUGAUAUAGAAGGGAAACCACCGACCAUGGCGAGACAAUUACGGAUCGGCGACAAAUUUGGAUUCGCCAAAUUCAUAUGUGGAAAACUGUGGACAUCAAGCGGUCCCCUUACCCGAUCGACUACAUCGUCCGCUACAUCCAAGGGCCCCACCGUCCGGAUAUACGACCCCUGUGCGCCGGGGACGAUGCCCCCGCCUAAAACGAUUUUCGCAACCGAAUGGGCUGGCGCGGUCACAUCGGCGACGUACAUGCCUUUACACCACGACACCAUCUUUCUCGGCCAUGAGGGCGGGUUUGUCAGUGUGUGGGAUGGGAAAGAGUUGGUGUGUAAGCAGGUGCUGAAGAUUAGUUCGACGGAUGUGCUCGCUUUGGAAGGUGUAGGAGAGUAUUUGUGGACAGGAAAUAGGAAGGGACAGAUUCAUGUGUUUGAUAUAAAAGAGAAACCAUGGCUGGCGACGAAUAUAUGGAUUGGGCAUCCCGAUAACCCUGUGCAAUCAUUGGUAGUUGACCCGUACUCGAUUCAGUCUGCGGGCAGAUACACCUGUUGGUCUUUUGCCCGGGACGCGCUACGAGCAUGGGACGGUCUCCUCUCUGUCGAUUGGAUCGACAAACAACUCACUGCACGUCAAUCAUCAUUCUGCACAUUCCGCCCCGCCAACGUUUUGAUCUGUACAUGGAACAUUGACUCUGCCAAACCUACAGAUCUGAAUGGAUCGGUCGCCAAUGCCCAUUUCUUGGAAGAUGUGCUGAGGUCUGUGGAUUCACCGGAUAUCAUCGUGUUUGGCUUCCAGGAAGUCAUCCCGUUGACUGAUAAAAAAUAUACUGCCAAAACUCUUCUUUUCGGAAAUAAAUCCAAGGAUGGCGGGGCAGCAGCAGACAGAGUAUCGCACGCCUAUCGACACUGGCUAGAAAAGCUUCAAUCAGCAGUCAAGAUGGCUUCCCCUUCAAAUUGUCCUUAUGUCAAGAUCCAUUCAGAGAGUCUUGUAGGCUUGUUUACGUGUAUCUUUGUGAAACAGUCGGAGAAGAAUUUCUUGCGGGAUCUGGAUAUUACCACUGUCAAGCGAGGCAUAGGCGGGAUAUACGGGAAUAAGGGAGCUAUUGUCUCCCGCCUCGUGAUGGAUGAUACAUCCAUUUGCUUUAUCAACGUCCACCUCGCUGCUGGCCAGUCUCAAAAAGCUUCGCGGAACGCCGAUCUCGCAGGGAUCCUCGAAGACAAAGCCAUUUUCCCUCCAGCGGACGAGUUGCCGUUUGUUCAUGGAGGGUGUGGGACGGGGAUUUUAGAUCAUGAGAUGGUGUUUCUGAAUGGUGAUUUGAAUUACCGCAUUGAUCAAAGACGUGAGAAUGUCAUCUCGUCUAUUGCCAAUGGCGAGCUAGCCUAUCUCCUUGAGCAUGAUCAACUGCGUAAAGAGAUGAGGACGAACCAUGCUUUCAGAUUGAGGAACUUUGAAGAGGCACCGAUCACGUUUGCGCCGACAUACAAGUACAACCCGGGCACGCACGAUUAUGAUUCCAGUGAGAAGAGGCGUAUUCCAGCUUGGUGUGAUAGGAUUCUGUACAAGAAAUCGCCACGAGUACAAGCCCUCAAUUACCAGCGCUACGAACCUACCGUCUCAGAUCAUCGACCAGUUUCUGCAGGGUAUACGAUAACCCUGAAAGCGAUCAAUUCGUUGAAGAUGAUGGAUGUGAGACGGGAAGUUACUGGAGAAUGGGCGGAACGAGAAAAGGAGUUGCUGGAGAAGAUGCAAGAGGUGUUUGACGGUAUUGAAUGAGACUUGUUGGUGAUUCGGUAUCAUAUGUAGCUCUAGAUUUACUCAGUGGACGAUUCCAUGCAUGCAUGUUCUAUG